AUGGCAACUCCCUACAAGUUCGUGUUUGGUCCUCAAGAUCUCGGCACUUUCCACAAAGGCGGAUACAACGAGGCAGCUGCGAAGAAGCUCGGUGAACUGCUGCAGCAGAACAUCGAAAAAUGGCACAUUAUUUACAUGGGCUUCCGACACAACCACAUCGUUCACUGCCUCUUUUCGGCAUAUGCUUUAGGGGCAACGGCGGAAGAGCUCCAAGUGAUCUAUGACCGCGAAGAAUCAUACCAAGCUGCCCGAUACCCUGUCAAUGAACGUGAUGUCAAGGCUAUGGCGGACAAGGUCAAGUUCAGGACUUAUGUUGGCCAACAGCCACACUAUUCCAGCUUCUUGCUCUUCUUCCAGCGUGAAAUCGAACGCAAGGGUGUCAAAGCGACCCUCGAGGAGCACCUAUUUGCAGGAGACGACUAUGCCAAUGAGUUCUUGACGAGGUUCUACACCAGCAUCUUUCACCCGUAUCUGCACAUCGGGUAUGCUUUUGAGUUCAAUCAGCCCGCUAUCGUGGCGGAGGCAUUAGCCAUGGCAAGCGUCCAUGAUCCUGCAUGGGCCACUUUCUUGCCUUUCUAUACGGAAGCUGAGGAGGCAGCGGUUUUACCUAAACUGUCAGGCGAGAAAACUCUGCGCCGGAUCAUGGUCGAAGCACGCCAUAACGAGACUUUCCAGAAGUCAAUUGAUGGAGAAUCCUUGAUCAGAGCCUACAAUGUGGUGAGUAACGCUCCAGAGGAGAGCGUAAGGGCUGCGAGCGAGUAUGCCGUCUCCGAAGAGCAGCUGGACAAUGUGUUGGACGAGAUGAUUGACACCGUUUGUAAGUGA